CUGGUCAGGGGAACCCAGGAAGGCAGGUUGCUGGACACAGGAUCUCCAGGAGCAGGCUGGGAAUCAGUUAUUUGCCAGUUUAGCUGGACAUCAGGGGCUGGCACAUCAGGCGGAGCAGGGGGCUCCGGGCCAUCAGGCGGAGGGGGGGGCACCGGGCCAUCAGGCGGAGCAGCGGGCACCGAGUCAUCUGGCACGACAGCGGGCACUGAGUCAUCUGGCUCGACAGCGGGCACUGAGUCAUCUGGCUCGACAGCGGGCACUGAGUCACCUGGUUCGACAGCGAGCACCGAGUCACCAAGCUCGACAGCGGGCACCGAGUCACCAAGCUCGACAGCAGGCACCGAGUCAUCUGGCACGACAGCGGGCACCAAGUCAUCUGGCACGACAGCGGGCACCAAGUCAUCUGGCACGACAGCGGGCACCGAGUCAUCAGGCCCGACAGCGGGCACCGAG